CCUUGUUGUUUUCGUGUUUUUCUUAUGAUUCGAACAAAAGUGUAAACAAUUUUGAAAAUGUGCAUAGAAUAAUCGUGUAUUUUAUGAUUACUUAUUAAUAAAUACAGAAAUAUUUAUUAUUUAAGAAUGUCGGAUUCACGAUCUUCAUCUUCUCAAAAUCCUCCGGAUCAUCAAAUAUUUAAAAUUCUAAUUGCAAGUGAUAUCCACUUGGGUUAUGAAGAAAGCCUGUCUAAAAAGUCUAUCAGAAACGAUAGUUUCACAACUUUUGAGGAAAUUCUACAACUUGCAGUAAGAAAUGAGGUUGAUUUUAUGCUUCUUGGAGGAGAUUUAUUCCACGAUAGUAAACCAUCCCAACCUGUAGUUUUACAAUGCAUAAAUUUACUAAAAAAAUACUGUAUGGGAAAUCGAUCAAUCACAUUUUCAUUUUUAUCGAAUCCUGCUGAUGUUCUCUCGAGUUCAAAUAGUACUUUAAAUUUUGAAAAUGAAAAUUUGAGCGUGUCACUACCAAUUUUUACUAUUCAUGGAAAUCAUGAUAAUCCUAGUUUCCAUUAUACUGGUACUCUGGAUAUAUUAGAAGCAUCAGGAUUCGUUAAUUAUUUUUCAAAAAUAUCCGAUCUAAGUAAAAUUACCAUAACACCGAUAGUUCUAGAGAAAGGUGGAACAUACAUCGCUAUUUAUGGUAUAAGUUAUGUUGGAGAACGACAUUUAUCUAGACUAUUUAAUUCUGAUAUGGUUACAUUCUUACGACCCAACAUACCACAAAAAUGUUUCAAUAUUCUCGUUCUUCAUCAAAACAGAGCUCAACAUACUAAAGGGGCUUUUAUAGCUGAAGAUAAAUUACCAGAAUUCAUUGAUUUAGUUUUUUGGGGUCAUGAACAUGAAUGUAGAAUUGUUCCAGAAGAAAUUAAGUUACCCAAUGAUAAUUUUUAUUAUAUUACACAACCAGGUAGUUCUGUGGCAACUUCUCUAAGUAUAGGUGAAUCUAAACCAAAACAUGUGGGGUUACUGAAAAUCCAUAGAACUAAAUUUAUAUUGGAACCAUUAAAACUAAAAACAAUAAGACCUUUCGUAUAUGAUAGUAUUUCUUUAAAAGAAAUUAUCAGAAAAGAGUAUUGUGAUCCUACUCCGGAUGGGCUUAUUGAAUAUGUUGAUGAUUACAUUGAACACACUGUCUUUGAGGCAGUGAAACCAUUAUUGACUGGUCACCCUGAGCAGCCUACACUUCCACUGAUUCGGUUAAAGUUACUUUAUUCAGACGAUAUUCAUAAAUUUGAUAUAAUGAAAAUUACAAGAAAAUAUUGUGAUCGAGUAGCCAAUGCCACUGAUCUAGUCAUAUUUUCUAAAGAAAGAUCAGGAAAUCAAGGACGAACUGUUGUAGAUGGUCUGGAUGAUGAUGCAGCUCAGGCUUUAGCAGAAUGUUUCAGUCAUAGAGAAGAUGAUAGAGAUUGGUCGUUUUCUGUUAGAAAUGGAGUGAAAGCAUAUUUUGAAAAAACAAAUUAUAAACUCAAAAUUUUGUCACUGAUAGGAAUGAAUGAAGCCUUAGAAAGAUGCGUUAAAGUUAAUGAUGACGAUGCACUUCCUAGUAUAAUCCAACAUCAAAUCAACAAAACAUUGGAUUUUCUAGAAGGUCGAAAAACGAAUCUAACUAAAGACUCUUAUGAUGAAGAAAUCGAAAAGUAUCAUCGAAUAAGAGCUAAAAUAAACGAUACAGAUGAAGCAAAAGAGUAUCAAAAAUUACUGGAUGAUCUUGAAGCAAGAGAAUUGUUAAAAUCUACUAGUACAAUUGAUUUUGCUCUUUCUGAUGAUGAUGAUAUGGCAGCACCAUCAUCUCUAGUGCCAAAAACCCGUGUUCGAGGACGGGGAUCGAGAGGUCCUCGAGGAUCUAGAGGAUCAAGAGUACGUAGUACAAGUAGAGGACGAGCAGCAAAAGCACCAUUAGAUGUUAGUACAAGCUCCCCCGUAGUUGGAUUAAGAACACCUUCACGUGAACGUGUUGCUCAAACUCUCAGCCAAGUUAAGAGUACUGCUAACUCAGCAAAAUCCGUAUUCGAUUCUAUGUCUGAGUAUGAAAAUAUUGUGUUAAGUGAUUCUGAUUAAUUUUAUAUUAAUUAUUUUUACACAAUUAAAUGUUACAAAGUUUUCAAAAGUUACUUUAAAAAAACCUGCAUUUUAUUAAUUUAUAACUGUAAAAUAGUUGAAAGCAUACAUCAUAAAUUUAUAUUUUAUAAAAAUGUAUUUAUUUCAUACAGAUGUCAAUGUAUUAUAAUAAAAAUUUCAGUGAUAUCGAUAAAACUUUCAAAAAGAAUUUGGAAUUUAUCGUAUUCAGAUGGCGUUAGAGCACAAUUUCGAAAUUUCUAACCUACAAAUAUUGGUUUCCGGUUGCCAAAGUCGAGUGUACGAGAUAUCGAUUGUAAUCAUAUGACCCAGCUGGGCGUAACAAUUUAUUGGAGUAGUUAUUAGUUUAAUAAAAAAUAUUUUUACUGAAAA